CAGGUGUAAGCCAAACAACACAAAUCUAUGAAAAUGUGGCUGAUGAGGUGGUAUGGGAUGAGCAAUUUGAGUGGGCCAUGGGUAGUGGCAUUGAAGCCAAUGAGAUGCUGGAAGUCUCCAUACUCAACUUUAACAAAUACCUUUCAAACAAGGUAAUAGGUUCAUUUAGAAUGGUUCUUCAGGAGGUCAUUGAGAAGGGAUCAUUGAAGAUAGGAGAACCACUACUAGACAGUAACAACAGGGGCAUGCAUGUGGGUAUCUUCUUUGAGGUGUUCUACCAGGCGCCUGAUGGCACCGUAGGUGACUGGAUGCAGGAGACCUUCACGGCUCCUCCGCCUUCCCACCAUGCAUCUGAUAACCUAGGCUUUAUGGGACAGGAGACCGACUACGAUGAAGAUGGAUCAAGGUCUGUCUAUUCAGAAAGCUUUCAGCUGAUGAAGAGAGGCCAUCAUGGGUCGUCACAGAGUCUCAGCUCCACCAAGAGUUCAAGAAGCAUGCUCGGUAAGAUGAAACUCAAGAGGAAGAAGAAGAAAGAUGAUUAUCAACCAGACGCGGGCAUAGAGAGGAUCGGUAAAGAGGUCCCGUUGCUGGAGAUUGAUGAGAUGGAUGUGAGUGUGAUGGGGGAUGAGAGCGAUGCUGAGGAGGAGUCGGAGAUCCCACCAUACAAGAGGAUUGGACCCAUCGGUAGUGAACAGCCCGCACAGAAGUAUCAGGACUUCCAGGUAUCGGUCACUAUACAUGAAGCCAGACAGCUAGCAGGUCUAGACAUUGAUCCUGUCAUCUGUGUUGAAGUUGGAGACAAAAAGAAAUACACAAGUGAGAAGAAAUCAACCAAUUGCCCCUUCUACAAUGAGAUGUUUGUGUUUGACUUCCAUGAACCACCAGGACAUAUGUUUGACAAAAUCAUCAAAAUUACAGCUUUUCCUACAUUGAAUAUCUUAAUGGCUGCUUUACAUUCCAGGAAUGUCUUGCGAUCGGGGACUGUGAUUGGGAACUUCAAAUUUGACGUAGGCACACUGUAUCAAGCCCCAGACCAUGCUUUCUACAAUAAAUGGGCCAUACUGACAGACCCGAAUGACAUCAACGGUGGUCCUAAGGGGUACGUCAAAUGUGACAUCUUAGUCAUGGGUAAAGGUGAUUCGGUCAAGCCUCCUAAGAAGACUAAAGAUGAUGGAGAGACAAUUGAAGGGAACUAUCUUCUUCCUGAGGGCAUCCCGACAGUUAGACCAAGAGCUACGUUCAGUAUCCGCAUCUACAGAGCCGAGGGUCUACCUAUCAUGAAUUCAGGACUCCUAGCUAACGUCAAGAAAGCUAUAACUGGAGAGCUCAAUGAUCUUGUUGAUCCCUUUGUGGAAGUCACUUUUGCAGGCCAAACGGGCAAGACAUCGGUGAAGAAGCACCGAUACGACCCAAACUGGAACGAGCAGAUUGUCUUCAGCGAGAUGUUUCCACCGCUGUGUAGACGUAUGAAGGUCAUCCUCAAGGAUAAAGAUAGCAUGAUAGAUGAUACUAUAGGAACACACUUCAUAGACCUUGCUAAGAUAUCCAGUGAAAAUGAUGAAGGAUUCUUGCCCACAUUUGGACCAAGCUGGAUCAACCUCUAUGGCUCCACCAGAGACUAUAAUGCCGUUGAUGCCAACCGCAAGCUGAACAAGGGUGUGGGCGAUGGGUGUAUGUACAGAGGAAGACUCCUGGUUGCCAUCAAGACAGAGGUUCAAGAUAGCUCCUUGGAAUCGGGUGGGAUCAGGGUGGAUACAGAAUCUUGUCUGCCUAUCUCAGAGGCUGCUCCAGGAAGAAAAGAUGAAUUUUUCUUCUUUGCUACUCUAUUUGAGGCCUCCAUGAUUGACAAGAAACUCGGCGACAAACCAAUCACCUUUGAAUUCUCUAUAGGUAACCAUGGAAACCAGAUUGAUGGUCGUAACAUGCACCAGGCCCCGACCACCUACAAUGAUUCCGACUCGGAAGAGGAACAGCUGAUCGCGCCCUCUGCAGCCGAAAGCGAACCGGAAGUGGGCGUGUCCAUGACCCCGCCCAUGCAGCCCAAGAUGGUUGAUAAGAACUAUUACUACAUGCCUUUUGAUGACAAGAAACCAGUCAUGUACCUCAAGUUCACUACCGAGGAUCAUAGGAGGCGCUUCUAUAACAUGAAUAUCCUCUACAAGAUUGCAGAAGAACUGGAGGAAGGAAUAGCGGAUGUAGCUGAUAAAUUGUCUAAAGAGAAAGGAAAUUGUGAGAAAGUGCUACGAAAGAUCUUGAAGAAAUUUGUUGAAUCUUGCACGCAAUUCUCUAAACUGACUAAGGGCACAGGGGGAGGAGCGAACGCAGGCAAAACCAAGCUGGACAGGGAGAGACAUAAAUGGCUGCUUUAUGAAAUGAAAACAGUAAUGAUGGAUGCCCAAGAAGUACUAGGGGAUGACCUAGGUGACCUCCGUAAGGGGUAUGGAACCUCUAGGAGUGGGGGUGCAACCCCAGCACAGUCACCUGUCAGGCGAUCUCCUAAGAAGGGCAAACAAUCUAUGGACCUCUUUAAUCAGGAUUUCGAUUUGGAUGACAACUUCAUCAGCAGACAGGACGAAAUAAACCGUAAGACGAAGGACUUGUUGAAGGGUAGACGAUGGACUAAUAAGGCCAUCAAGGAGAAACUCAAGGCCACUAAAGGCUUCCUACAUCGUAUCAAGUUCCUCGCAGAUGAGCCCCAGCACAGUCUUCCUGAGCUGUUUGUGUGGAUGAUCAGUAACGGGAAGAGAGUAGCCUACACCAAGAUCAAAGCCAGGAAACUCAUAUACUCCAUGGUAGAGGAAGAGAAGGGUGACCAGUGUGGAACCAUGCAAACUAUCUUCUUGAAACUCCCAGGCAAGAAGGGAACUAGUUCAGCCGGAUGGACAGUACAGGCAAAGCUGAAUGUAUUCCUAUGGUUAGGACUGAACAAGCAUCGUAAGGACAUGCUGAAAGGACUGCCAGGUGGAUACCAUAUGGAUCCAGAGCUCAAGGCGGCCAUCAAACCAGCUAAACUGCCUCCCCCUCUUGUCUUCUAUAGAGAGAAACUAGUCUUCCAGCUUCGAUGUCACAUCUACCAGGCAAGGAGUCUGAUUGGUUCAGACUCUUCUGGUCUCUCUGACCCCUUUGCUAGGGUUGUACUUCGGGAUGAGGUCAAACAGACAAGGGUAAUCCAAGAGACUCUCAGUCCGACAUGGGAUGAGGUUCUUCUCUUUGAGAGAUUUGUCGUCUAUGGGAACAGGCCUAACAUCAAGGAGGAACCACCCAUCAUCUGUGUGGAGUUCUUUGAUGUUGACAUUGGGACUGGUUGUGAAUUCAUCGGUCGAGCCCUGAUCAGGCCGAUUGUCAACCUCCUGGAUGAUUUCUAUGAGAAACCUCUGUUUCCACCGAUGCUUCAGUGGCAUGAUAUCUACAGAGGACAGAGCCCUGGAGGACAGCUCCUGGCUGCAGUCGAGAUGAUACAGUUGACGAAGAGCAGUGAAUCUCUACCUGAUGGUAUUCCAGUCAUCACCAUACCUCCCUAUGAUGAAAAGAAGAAAGAAACUCCUAUCGUCAAUAUCCCCAAAGAAAUCAAACCAAGACUCUGUCGUUUCAGGGUGGAGGUUCUGUUCUGGGGUGUGAGGGAGUUGAAGAGGCUGCAGCUGAUGACUGUGGACAAGCCACGCUGUGAUAUAGAGGUCGGUGGUGUGACCAUUUCAUCCAGCAUUAUAUCCCAAGCUCAACGCAAUCCAAACUUCCCCAAUAACGUCCACUUCAUUGACGUGGAUCUACCAGAGAAUGACCUGUACUGUCCUCCGCUGACCAUCAGGGUGGUCGAUUGCCGUCAGUUUGGUCGCUUCACCCUUGUCGGUACCAACGUAGUGGGUAAUCUGUCUUCCUACAAACUCAAGGAGAAGGAAGAGAAGCCUCCAGAAGAAGAAGCAGCUGGUUUUCCUGGUUUAAAGGGUCUGAGCAACUUGUCCAAAUUGACUCCUACAAACGAGCUGUUAGGGGCUGGUGGUGUGGGCAGCCUAGUAAGAGGUGGUCUGAACGGAUCUGCGAGACUCCCUGGUAAUGGUGUCCCCCAGCCCUUGAAUGGUAACGGCAAUCUCCUUGGCUCCGGGCGGGUCUCUAAGGCUGCUUCCAAGGCCGGCUCAAAGGCUGGAUCUAAAGCUGGCAGUGUGAUCAUCACUGUGGAUCCACCCCUCGAUCCAAAUGGUAAAGACCAGCCACCAGCAGGAGAUGCAGUGAUAGACAUCCCAGCAGAUGGGAAGCCUCCAUUGGAAGGAGAGGGGGGUAAAGAUGAAGCAGGGAAGGAGGGAUCCGUGAAAGGUGGCGAGAAAGCUGGAGAAGGAGCCGAGGGAGGAGCUAAAGAGGGUGAGAAUGCAGAAGGAGCCCCAGGAGUACCCUCUAAGAAGAAACUUGAUGAGGAUGAGGAAAAUUCCCUUGACUGGUGGUCAAAAUACUUUGCUACCAAGGUCGCUCUUGAGAAGCGGAUUAUGGCAUGCAUUAAUAACAUGGAGCAAGAUCAAGCUGACGGCAAUGAAGAUAUAGACCUAGAACAACCACAAAAUGAAGAGCUGAUAACAAUAGAUACCACUGAGAAGAAGGAAGGGAAGCCGGAGGAGGGUAAGAAGAAGGGCGGGGCACUAAAGAAAAUGGGCGGCGGCCUAGCUGCUGCAAAGAAGCUCAUGAAGAAAGGUGACGGAGACGAAGACAGUAUGAUGGAUAUGAACCAAGAGGAGGAUAUAGAUGUCUGUCUUAUUCAGUUUUACUCCACUGAGUUAGAGAAUGUACCUGACUUCAGUGGAUUCAAAGAAUGGCUUCAUACCUUUGAGCUUCUUAGAGGAAAGAACACCGGCGAUGAUGACAGUGAGAGCAGGGUAGUCGGAAAGUUCAAGGGAGCAUUGGCUUUGUACAAAUGGCCUCUUCCUCCUGAGAUUGAGGCAAACCCUACCAAGAUGUUUGGUAAGCUGGAUCCCAAGCUCGGUUACUUUCAGGGGCUACCUAAGAGCGAUCCAAUGGGUGUCCUAGUCCGGGUCUAUAUCAUCAAGGCUAUUGAUCUGCAUCCUACUGAUGUCAAUGGAAAGGCUGAUCCCUACGUCCAACUUCUCUUAGGGAAACACAAGACCAAUGACAAAGAGAACUAUAUCUCCAAGAAUCUUAAUCCAACAUUUGGCAAGUGUUAUGAGUUUGAGGCUACCUUUCCCAUGGAAUCCAAGCUGGCUGUUCAGAUCUAUGACUGGGAUCUGAUUGGAUCUGAUGAUCUCAUCGGUGAAACUACCAUUGAUCUUGAGAAUCGAUACUACAGCAAGCAUCGAGCAACUUGCGGUAUAUCAAAAGAAUUUGCUCUGUAUGGAUACAACAAUUGGCGUGAUCCCCAGAAGCCACAUCAAAUCUUAACCAGAUUGUGUAGAGAGCAUAAGAUUGAACUGCGUUUCUCUCCAGGUCGAGCUGAAGUGGGAGAUAAGAUCUACUACGGAGAUCAGUUCAUCGAUGAUGAAGGGGGAAACAGUAAGCCGACUGAUGACCUGACUUCACUUGAAGCCCUCCUCCACUGGGAUGAGAUCCCUGAGGUCGGUUGUAAGCUGGUCCCAGAACAUGUAGAGACAAGAUCACUCUAUCAUCCAGACAAACCAGGAAUUGAACAGGGCAAAGUCGAGAUGUGGGUUGAUAUGUUCCCCAUGGACAUGCCUCUACCGGGCGCUCCAGUCGACAUCUCACCUCGUAAACCCAAACGCUAUGAGCUACGGGUCAUCAUCUGGAACACUGAUGAUGUCGUCCUGGAGGAUGACUCUCUCUUGACAGGCGAAAAGAUGAGCGACAUCUAUGUCAAAGGAUGGUUACUUGGGCCAAGCACCGACAACCAAUCCACAGACGUCCACUACCGCUCCUUGACCGGUGAGGGUAACUUCAACUGGAGAUUUAUCUUCCAGUUUGAUUACCUAGCCGCUGAAGAGAAGAUGGUUAUCAAGAAGAAAGAAUCAGCAUUCUCCAUCGACGAGACGGAGUACAAGGUCCCGCCCAGAUUGACGCUUCAAGUUUGGGACGCCGAUCAUUUCUCAGCUGAUGAUUUUCUUGGAUCUGUGUCUCUGGAUCUGAACCGGUUCCCCCGCGGUGCCAAGACAGCCAAGAAGUGUUCCAUUGAGUCACAUCGAGCCAUGAGUAUGAUGUCAAUCUUCAAGCUUAAGAGAACCAAGGGAUGGUGGCCUUUCAUUGCCAAGUCUGAUAAGGAAGGAGAAGAAUUGACGGGUAAAGUCGAGGCUGAGAUGGCGCUGUUGACUGAAGAGGAAGCAGAGAAGAGUCCUGCUGGAAAGGCUCGUGAGGAACCGGACCCACUCCCAAAACCAAAUCGUCCUGAUACAUCGUUCAUUUGGUUCAUGAGUCCUUGGCGAGCCAUCAAGUUCAUGAUCUGUAACCGCCUCAAGUGGCUCUGCAUCAAACUCCUCGUCAUAUCCCUUCUCCUUCUUCUCGUUGGUCUCUUUAUAUACGCCUCACCGGGAUAUAUGGUCAAAAAGAUUCUUGGAGCUUAGUGGGCCAUUAUUGCCCUCUUCAGUUGCCAAUUUAAUGAUCAAUGUCAUCAAGUCAAGUCUUGAGUUGCUAUUCAUCAAAUAUCUUAUCACCGUCGUCUACUUCUUACAAGUCUCUCCAUUAUUGCAAGGAUACAUCAUUUUGGAGCAUAGCCGGCUAUUGUAGCUUUCUUUUGUUGCCAAUUAGAUAAUCAUGAGGAUCGAUGUUUAUUCCUCUGAAAUUAUCUCUAUAGUUUUUAAUAUGCAUUGAUAAUUUAUGUUCAAAACAAAUUUUUGCAUGGGUGUAUUAUUAUCAUGUUGUUCAUGUGCUUUGGAUCUUUGAUGGUAUCUCUGCAAGGCAUAAAAUCUUGCUCUUUCUGAUUAAUUUUCACCAUUCCUAGUUUCCUAGAUUCAUAUUUUUUUCUGAUGGGGCAUUACUAUAUACUAAGCAGUAUCAUUUGUCUACUAUGUUAUCAAUGUAUCUACAUGGUGCUAUGUGGAAGUCCUCAAACAUUUUUCAAGUAAAUUACUGUGCUAAUACCUCGGUCACAUUUGCUCUACAGUGAGUUGAAUACAGCCGUUUUAUUCAUUUUUAUUCAAUCCACCUAUCUGGUACAAAAAAUGUUAAAACGGCUGUUUUCGACUUGCCGUACGGCCGCCAUAGAGCAAAUGUGACCGAGGUAUAAGUAUACAGGGGAGCGUUUCAUCAAUAUUUUCAUCUGACAAGUUGUCAGAUCUGACAUCUUUCCAUGAUUUUGAUUGGCUGAGAGGCACUGUUCCUAUGGUAACUGUCGGAUAAAAUGGGACUUGUCGGAUAAAACGUCCGACAAGUCCUUUCAUGAAAUGCCCCCCUGGUCUGAUAUUAACUUUGAUACUUGAACUUGUAAGUUAUCCAUUCCAUUGUUAAGGGACAACUUCAUUAUCAUCAUGUUGAAAGUGCGCUUUGGUGUGUACUGGACCGGUUGGCUCUAUUGAGCUUGCCUAUAUUCACAUGGAAUUAAGUGAAGCAUAACGUUAAUUACAGUUGUACUUGUAUACACUUCUCAAAUGAGUUUGGAAAAUCUGAGCUUAACCAAUCAAUAUUGCACAUGAUCAUGUCAUUAUAACCAGUUUUGUGUAAAAUGUUGUGUAACAGCUCAAUGGAAUGCCCCCUAUCCUGGUGCUAAUUCAUUUACAUUAAUAUCAAAACAAUGUUUGGUUGUUUCCUAGGAUUGUAAUAACAUUGCCAUAGGAUUGUAUUUCUUUUAAACUUAAUGAUUCUGUAUGCUGGUAGAUGAAAUUAUAAGAAUGUUUGGAUUUAAUAUCUGAAUAAUCUAGGUUCCGGGGGUAAAAAUGAAAAGUGACUUGAUGAAAUUCAUUCUAUACAAUGGCUGAGAUUGUGUAAGAAAAUAGAACAUCAUUCAAUUCAAUUCAAUUCAAUUUCAAUUUUAUUUCAAUCAUAAAAUCAUAAAAUAUAUACAAAGUAACAUGCAACAAUCGAGAUUUAAUCUAAUGAAUGAAAUUGGAGACUAAUAUGAAAGUUUAAAAAACUUGUGAGUCAUAGUCCCCCAAAACAGGGAAAAGCAACACAUGUUACGAUAUAAUACAAACACACACACACCAUCACACACACACACACACACCAUGACACGCAUGAUACAUAGGUACUUAAAAUAGAGUUACAAGGAAUAGGAAGAGACGAGCUGUCUCUUCAAUAAGACCUUAAAAGAUGACAAUGUAGUGCAUGACAUAAAAUUAUUAGGUAAAUUGUUCCAAAUACGGGGACCGUUGUGUCUAAAAGAGUUGAGUAAGGACUGAGACGAAACCUCAUAUUUCAUCAAACAUCUUAUUUAUUUUGCAGAGAAAAUUAUUAAUAGGAUUGAAGUUAUAUUCCUAAAUAUUGUAUUUGCAAACUUACAUUGAAUAGGAUUUUUCACAGGUUUUUAUAUACUUUAUUGCAUACAUGAAUUUUGAUUUCAUGAUAACUGUCUUAUUGAAAAUGCACACUUUGCAACAAAGAGCCUAACGUCAAACCUAACCAUAUCAUAAUCGUUCCUUUUUUUUCUGAACCAAAAUCUGUAUCCAAUUUUAUGAAGAAGCCAUAUAUGUUACACUCUAAUUUCAAGGAUUUAAAAUCCAGAUUGGCAGUGCAUACUGACCAGUCGAAUAUUGGAAUUAUUUUAAUCUUAAGGAUUAACUUUUACAUCUUAAAGGAAUUAAAUUAAAAUUGUAUAACUUUAUAUUUAAAUUCACAAGGUUUAGAUUUAAAUAUGACAUUGAGCAGGGACCCGUAUCACAAAGGUUAGCAAUGAUCGUGGAACAUUAUUUUGCGAUUGAUUGCAUUGACUACAGUGUACAAUUAAUUGUGAAAAUCAGCAUACAAUCAAUCGCUAAUCUUUGUGUUACGGGACCCUGGUCACUUUUCACAGCCAAUCUGGAUUUCUUUUAAAUCCUCGAAAUUUAGAGAGUAAGUCACCUGAAAUAUCAGAGUAAGAUAUUUUUUGCAUUAUUCAAAUCGCUGCCAGAAUGCAGGACUUACUAGUAAUCGAUGGUGACUUUUUUCCUAAUUGCACUGAUUUUUCAUGGUUUUUGCACCACUAACUAAUCUCUAUGCACCCCUCUCCUAAUCCUUCCCACACCCCUCACUCUAGCCGGCCCGAUACCUCCUUUAUCUGGUUCCUGAACCCAUGGAAAUCACUCCGUUAUGUCGUCUGUCAGCGACUCAAGUGGACCCUCCUCAAAUUGGCACUCAUCUCACUCCUUGUCAUCUUCAUCGGUCUCUUCAUCUAUGCCUCCCCAGGCUACACAGUUAAGAAGAUACUUGGAGCAUAGCACACUGAUUUUGAAGUACAUGUGAUAGCAUGGUGCCAAUUUGAGAUUUGUGUAAAAAAAAAAAAAGGAAGUGUAAUAAAGGGGGAUAGUGCCAAUAGCUUUUUAAUAUAAAAUCCUUAUUUCAAUUUAUUUUCUUUCGAAGAAAUGACAAGGUAUAGGUUUCAUUGAUAUUCUUUAAGAUGAAAUCAUAAAGUAGACCUGUGUAUGAUCAAACAGGAAUUGAAAGAAUAUAUUAGAAUUUUUUUUCAAUUCAAUUCAAUUCUUUUAUUUCAUUUCCAUUCAAAACAUAAUACAAAGUAAUAUAAAGUAAUACAAAUCAAGUACAAUUUUACAGAAGGGCAUUCUUACUUCGUAAAAAAAAACAGAAAAACAGUAUAAUAUAGAGCAUUUUGGAAAUGAGGGAGAUCCACUAAAAAGCAAAGCUUGUAAAGUGUGGAUCCCCCUUGGAAAUGAAGAAAGUAUAGUAGACUUAUUCUUAUAUGCGUACAUAUAUGUAUUACAGGAAAGAAAAAAAUUAUUACAGACUGAUGUCUUUUACUUUUACUUAUAAAGUGAUAAAGGGCAUUAACAUAAAAAAAAUUAAUAUGUCAUUCAUCGAGGCUCAAGCUAUUAUAUAUGAUUUUAUGAAUUGAUUUACAAUAAUACUUAAAAUUUAUGAUAAAGUGCAAUGAAUUAGAACAAAAUAGUGAAUAACUUGAUUAAUGUAGUACUGUAUUGGCUUAUCAUAGAAAUGCUCAUAGAAGUAUUUUAUACAAACCAUUAAUGGAAAUGUUAUAAUUAUACAAAUG